AUGUCUCGCCCUUCGACUAUAUAUGAUUCUUAUUACAACAAAACAUUGUAAGUCCCUGCUCAUGAAGUGAAUUUAUCUAUCUUAACCAAGACUCAGUACAUCACCGUCAGUGUAUAUGGCAUGGGCCAUAGUUACUGCCCAUGACGUAGAUGUGAGAACAAAAUGGAUUUCAAGCAACGCCGAAGAACAUUCAUGGGUGAUAUCCUAUUCUACUACCGACCCAUGGAUAGCAUGGGUAUAUUGCGAUUUUGUGGGUAUGUACACGACCACAGAAAGCAUAACAUCUACGCAAGACAAAGGUAUCACAUUGACCGAUGUCAUCCAGCCGCUGGAUCUUUCAAAAAUGAGCACAUUCGAUCUCACGCAAGAGUUCAUUCCGUACAAAUUGAACUAUGAAACCUUCUCGGGUGAAAUACGCGAGAUCAACUCCCUACGACUCGAAGAUAUACAAAACAACUGCCCCACCACCGUCGACAAGGAAACACCUUCAACUAGGGCUGAUGGUUCUGUGGCCAAAGAGGGCGAUUCCGAUUAUAGGAAUGUGAUGGCUUCCGCCAACUGGUCACACUAUCGUUGCAACCCAUAUAUUGUAGUCCGAGAGACUCUUUUCGCCGACUGGUUUUCAGAGCCUUCAUGGAGCACCUGUAGUGUCAAAUAUCGCCAAAGAUGGUAUGGCAUGCCCGAUCCACCACAUGCACUCCAGUUCGACCCAGGUCUCUUUCCCAGCACCCCGGCAGCACCGAUUCCAGCUCCCACUCCCAGUCCUGCUGUUCCAGUCCCAUCUGCGAGUCCAGGUCUAGCCACAAUCACAUCCGCAGUAGGGGGGAUAAACCACCCAGUUCAUACGAAUACACCCAUAGUGAAACCAGCUCCACAACCUCAAGGCAAUAGCAUGCCUUUACCUGGUGCCAAUGUGCCCCGCCCUAUUGGAGGAGGAAACAAUCAACAGCCUGCAGUCUAUCCUUCAUCUAAUGAUGGGAAACCAGCAAAUGGACUUGAUCCGUCAAGCCCUCCACAGCCAGGAAGUGGCUCUCCGUCUGACAAUGCAAAUCCGGUGGGUAACUCAAAUCCCGUCGGCAAUACAAAUCCUGUAGGCAACGCAAGUCCCGUAGGUAACUCCAAUCCAGUCGGCAAUGCACAUCCUGUAGGCAACGCAAGUCCCGUAGGCAACGCAAGUCCUGUAGGCAACGCAAGUCCUGUAGGCAACGCAAGUCCUGUAGGCAACGCAAGUCCUGUAGGCAACGCAAGUCCUGUAGGCAACGCAAGUCCUGUAGGCAACGCAAGUCCUGUAGGCAACUCAAAUCCAGUCGGCAUCGCGAAUCCAGUGGGCAAUGCAAAUCCAGCAGGUAACGCAAAUCCAGUCGGCAACGCAAACCAAGCAAGCAAUCCAAAUUCGGAAAGCAAUUAUCCUCCACCAGGGCAAGGAAGGCCAAUUUUGGCAGUUUCGGUAGCAGUCAUUGGCACAGAAGUAAUAUCAGCAUUUCCAAAGCCCAUUGGAGAAAGUGGAAGUGAUGCAGGAGGAUUCAUUAUUCCUGGAGGAGCAACCAUCAAGUCGGGUGGAGUAGCUACAGUGCCAAUCAACUAUCGAGGAGGAGAGUCAGUUGCGUACCCAGCCGACAAAGCAGUAGACUCGGUUGUCUACCCAGUCAACGAAGCAGGAAAGUCGGUCGUGUACUCAGUCAAUGAAGCGGGAAGCUUAGUGGUCAGUACCAUCGGUACUCAGUCCUCACAAACAAUCGCUUUGCCAAACAAGGCCGUAGGAGGUUUUGUCAUUCCUGGAGGAUCCACAAUUAAGCCAGGCGGUCUUCCAAUUACACAACCGUCCAAUUACAGAGGUGGAGGCGGAGAAUCUGCAGUAUUCUCAGUCGAUGGAGCAGGGAAUCUUGUUGUCAGUACGGUGGGUGGUUCAACUGCGACUACUAUUACACCACCGACUGUACCAAAUGGAGCAGCGAUGAUUACUCCCCUUUCUGAUCCCCAUACCAUCGUUUACCAAGGUCGGACUCUCGUUUUUGGUGGAUCGAUAGCGACCAUUCCCAGCCUUCCGAAUUUUGUCCUCAGUUAUGGCCCACUGGGUCUUGUCAUCCAGUAUUCGAGUGGCGUCGCCGCGACAAUUUUUGUACCGGGAGUACAGAAUGGCGUUUUCGUCUCAUGGACUCCUAUCACGGAAACUGGGACAGUGAGAAAUCAAGCAGUCCAGGGCUCCUUGAGCAGUAGUGUAUUCAACAGUGAUGGUUCUCCAAUAUCUGCGCUCAAACCGACUGUUCCAGGUAAGGUUGUGGCUGGAGACGCAUCGUCGAGUCCUAGUUUGCUGGAUGGAAGUGGCAGUGGAAAAGUGGGUGCAAAGCAUUCCGAGGGAGAUGUAACUAAUAGCUUGAAGACCUCGCUUGUCGUGGCGAUAUGUAUGAUAGAAUUUGCCUUGUUACUCUAA